AUGGCGAAUAUUCAGCGGGUUCUCAUCUCGUUGAUGGUCAUUUUGACCGCCACAUUCCUCUUCUUCGGUCAGACUGCGGAAGCUGCCAAAGGCCCCAAGAUUACCCAUAAAGUCUACUUCGACAUCCAGCACGGUGAUGAGUCUCUUGGCCGGAUUGUCUUUGGUCUCUAUGGCAAAACAGUUCCCAAGACUACGGAGAACUUCCGUGCCCUUGCUACUGGCGAGAAGGGAUUCGGCUAUGAAGGGUCCAGCUUCCACCGUAUUAUCAAGCAGUUCAUGAUUCAAGGAGGAGACUUUACAAGAGGCGAUGGCACUGGUGGUAAAUCCAUCUACGGAGACAAGUUUGAGGAUGAGAACUUCAAGUUGAAGCAUACCAAGAAAGGCCUGUUGAGCAUGGCCAAUGCUGGCAAGAAUACCAACGGGUCUCAGUUCUUCAUCACCACAGUUAUCACAAGCUGGCUUGACGGACGUCAUGUUGUCUUUGGCGAGGUCCUCGAGGGCUACGACAUCGUCGAUAAGAUGGAGAAAGUUGCCACAGCAUCGGGUGAUCGCCCUGUGAAGCCAGUCAAGAUCGUGAAGAGCGGAGAGCUGGAGGUUCCAGCUGAAGAAGUGCUUCAUUCGGAUGCUCAUCCUGAAUAUAGUGGGGAUGAUGGUUUAGAUCUGGCAGCAGGCAAGCCAGAACUGGAAUCGCCAGCCAAGGAUGUGCCAGGUGCGGCGGAUAGCACGAUUCCAGCUGAGGCUAUGAUCACUCAGGCAUAUGUUCAGAAGGCAGUCUUCUUCUUUUUGAUCGUGGCGGUGAUUUUGUUCGUGGUGAGGCGCCGGAGAUCAGCUCAUAGCAAGCUGAAUGAGAAAAGUAUGGCAUAG